AUGCCGAAGAUGAAGAUAAUACCAUACCAUAGCACCGAUGACCCUUGCCACGUUAACCUGGUGCAGCGAGAAGGUUUAGCGGAAGAAACCCUCAGAGAGCCGAGAGUCGAUUUAAAUAUCAAGCUUCUAGUGACAAGCAUUAAGUCCGCCGUAAAAGCAGCCGAACACGAACAGAUCGCGCUGAAAAAGAAAGCCGAAGCAGCUGAAAAGGUGCUGAAAGAUGCGGCGGAGCAUACAGCAGUUGAGACACAGCAGGCACCCAGAAGUCCCGAACCACUCGCACGGAAAAACGAGGAAGGGAUUCGCCUGGAGAGCAGGAAGGCACGAAAAGCAACGGAACGUGCAAGACUUUGCCAGCGUUCUGAAGGAACGUGUCAAGGAUGUGGUUUGACGAGGUCUCCGCCUCAGCAGACCAAAAAGGCGGAAGAACAGCGCCAGGCGGUUAUACCGCGAAGGCUAACGCAAGUAAGCAAACAAGGUGAUAAUAAUGAGCAGAAGCCGCCCACGAACAAUGGCUGGAACGUGCCUCAACAACAGCUGAAGAUACAAGCAGCAAAGAACUGGGCAGAAGAGCUCCACGAGUUCGUCGACAAGAAGCAUAAUGACACACCUGGAGUGAUUCCGGAAGAGCCCAACAAGAGCAGAAAAGAGAAGAUAGUGCAACCGGAAAACACACCGGCAUCCUUGCCUAAGAGGCAUAGGUCCUCGCCCGGAGACGAAAGACCAGGAGGCUCCAAAAAACAAAGAGACGGUCUACUCAAACGCAUGGCUGUCGCAGAGCCGGAAGAGACCGGCGAUAGCAACAGAAGGUCACCCUGGCAGGUGGUCCAAAAGAAGACAAAAAAGAAUCGGAUCAAUGCGAGCGAAAGACAAAAUGUCAUCAAAAGAAGCGUGAAAAAGAAAGGCGAGGCGAUUCUAGUGAAGACUAGCGAGGAAGGAUAUCUGGAGGUCCUGCGGACCAUUAGGACAGCUCCAGAACUGAAGGACUUCGGUGCCGACGUACAAAAAAUCCGGCGCACACGGGCGGGUGACAUGAUCUUCGAGUUGAAAAAAGACUCGAAGAACAAGAGCUCGUCAUAUAAGGAGCUAACAGAGAGGGUAGUGGGAGAUAAAGCGCAAGUGAGAGCUAUGGCGCCUGAACUGAACCUCCAAUGCGUGGAUCUGGAUGAAAUUACAACGGCAGACGAUGUAAUUGCCGCAAUGAAGGAGCAAUUUAAUCUGGGAGACGUCGAAAUAACAAUCCGGCUAAGAAGGGGGCCAUCCGGUACACAGGUCGCAGGAAUAAAGCUUCCGGUAGAUGCUGCCGAAAAAGCAUUGAAAAUCGGUAAAGUUAAAGUCGGUUGGUCGGUGUGCUCGCUGAGCCUCUCUCAGCAACCAGAGGUGUGCUUCAGGUGCCAAGAAUUUGGCCAUCUGGCACGAAAUUGCAAAGGUCCAGAUAGAUCGAAACUUUGUAGAAGGUGUGGAGAGGAUGGCCACAAAGCGCAAAGUUGCAAUAAGCCACCGAAAUGCCUAAUCUGUAUGAAUGAUGGAUGUAGAGACCACAUUACUGGCGGUCAGAAAUGUCCAGCGUAUAAACAGGCGAUGUCUGAUACCGCACAGCAACUGCUGUGGCAAUCCGCAAGAGAAUCGAGGAGACGGAAUUGGGUAGCAGAUGACGCUGGAACCGCCGCAAUAUGUACAGUAGGGAGAUAUCCUUUCCAAGACAUCGUGUACCGUGCAGCUGAAGGCUUCGUGAUCGCCAAAGUUAACGGAGUCUAUAUAUGUAGCUGCUACGCACCCCCACGUUGGACAAGUGAUCAGUUUAAUCAGAUGCUGGAUACGUUAGUAGCGGAGCUUACCGACAGGAGGCCAGUCGUCAUCGCUGGUGACUUUAAUGCCUGGGCGUUAGAGUGGGGCAGCCGUCUCACUAACCAAAAGAGUCCUGCAUUAACGAGGAACAUAAACUGGAGAGUCUGCGAAGGCUAUACACAUAGCGAUCAUCAGGCGGUCCGAUACUGCGUCGGAGAGAAAGUAGCGAUACAAGCACGUGAGUGUGGUACCAAAGAGCUUAGGUGGAAGACAGAAACCUUUAACAAGGAGGUGCUAGCAGAGGCAAUUAGAUUCGAGCGCAACCUGGUAAACCUGAGUCCAGACGAGCUGGUUGCAGCAUUGACUCGAGCCUGCGAUGCAACUAUGCCGAGAAAAGUACAGCCACGACAUGUCCGCCGUCCAGUCUACUGGUGGAAUGGAACGAUCGCCGAACUCCGUCGCAACUGUCUUAGAGCAAGGAGGAGAAUGCAGAGAGCCCGCAACAAUGUCGAAAGGGAAGAGCGUAGACUCAGUGUUCAGCGCAGCAAGAGCUGCUUUCAAAAAGGAAAUUAG